AUGCUUAUAGAAGGAUUGUGCGCCAUUCAAGCAUGGCUCGAAGACCAACUCCGCCGACCCCCGGGUCGUCGUGGAGUCGCCGUGCCACAAUCGACCCCAGCUGUGACAUCUAGCGAAUCGGUUGUCACCAUUGCCAAGAUGGGCCAUCGGAGGCAGGAUCAUCAAAAAGAGCUGCUGACAGACAGCGUCAAUGCUGCACAUCGUGAGGAAAUCCAACAAGCUCUCGGGCGUCGACUGAAUCAGAUAUCUGCGAUAUGUCUGCCAGCUGACGACGAAACAUCUCGUAUUGUGAGUCUCGAUGUUCGUGAGAACCUGGCGGGACCAGAGUGCCUGGGUGCAACCUCAAACGUUCCCGACUUUCGUCCCUUUUGGGGCGAGAUACUUCAUCUUGAGCAGGGUCACCAAUUAUGUAGCGUCGAGAAUCAGGAGAACAAGGCGAACGAGGGGAACUAUAUGGUAUUCUUCAACACCAGCGAAGAUCUCUCUCCAAACAAGUGCAUUGCAACGAUGCUUCACAUAGCCCAGGCGAUGGAGACCACAGAAAAUCGGCAAUUCUGGAAAGGCGACGUCUUUGUCGUACGGUACAACGACACCGCGCCAGGCGGCGGCGCAUUCUUGUCCCUUACUCCCGGAGCUGACAUGCGAGAGGUCAUCGGGAGGUAUCUGCAGCACUCAUGGGAUGAUCAAAGCCUAGAGAGGUUGCGUAAGUCGAAGCAAGACAUGCUCGAGUCAAGUGAAAGCCACAAUAGGAACCGAGAAAUGAUCCGCGCCCGUUUGACUCCGUUGCAGACCGAAAUUCUGGAGCAUCUGCCGCUCGGACUCGAAGCCAGCCUGGAGAAUCUAGCAAUCUACGAAGGCGACUAUGGAGCAAUCACGGAUACGUGGAUGGAACCUUGCCGCGAGGAUCCUUCUAUGGUCAGCAUUCAUGUCUUGAAACGACUCGACGAGCUUGAGAAGGUAGGCUGGAGUGGAUUUUCUGCCGAGCACCUCUGA